UCGUAAGAGACGUGUGCGUCCUCAUUCACCUUCUGCUUGUUCUUGUGCGGCCGCCGGAAGCGGAGGAGAUCCUUAUGCUGCCUGGAGACAAAGUUGACGGCCGCAUACUCUAACAGCGCCGAGAAGACGAAGAGAAGACACACCGCCAUCCAGAUGUCAAUGGCCUUCACAUUGUUCAUGGUUCAUGGCUAGGCUGCCCAUAGACCCGAUUACACCAGUGUCUUUGAGCAUGUUGCACUGAAACUUUUCAAGGAGUUCAAGGAAGGCAGGAAUAGACAAAAAGACCCUAAGGGGGGGUCAUUUGCAAUUCCUGAGGCUAUUGUUAUGGCGUAUGGUCAUAGCAAACAAUUAAUUGAGGAUUGUCAAAAAAUCCUGCAAAGCACCAACCUGGUACUGGUGACCAUAAAUAACGCAACCGUCUCCUCUUGGCUGCAGGAUCGGCAGAAGAGGGCCGACCGCGACUCUCUCCUUCAAGGUGUGGAGCUUCCUCAGCAGGUCCACAUGGCAGAGGAAUACCUCCUGGAGGCCCUGGACCUACCAUCUGAGCCUGUUCCACAUGGGCAUGCAGAUAUGGAGUUCGAGGAACCUGACAACCGUGAGGGUGAGGCGGUGAUCCGGCGACGCCGACGUCAAACUCAAGUUUCCAGAGCAGACACUGGAGGGGAUGAUGCUUUGCCUGUUCCUUUCCCCGCUUCAUCUGACCUAGCCUAUUGUGAGCAGGGUCAACACCCAGGUCCUGUGUCUCAAUCAUUUCUGGUCGGGGCCCUCAUACCAGCUGCCACCACCACCACCAGCCUACUUUCUGAGCUGCUCCUCAAACCUGCCGCCACCACCACCUCCAGCAGCUCACUCUCAGGGCUUACCAGCUGCCACCAGUGCCAGAUUCUCAACCUCAGGACGGGCUUUCUAACCAGCCAGAUCCAGCGUCUCACAAUCGCUACCGGAAUGGAGAUAACAAAAGACAGCCCUUGAGGAUUAGGAGCGAGAGAUGAGAGCAGUCUCUUUUGCCCCAUCUUUGGCCGGGUGGUUAAAGCGAUGGACUAGAAAUACAUUGGGAUCUUCCCGUGAAUGUUCGAAUCCUGCCGACAACGUUAUAAUCUUAUGUUAUGAAUAUCUAUCUCCAGUCUAUACACUGUCCUCGAAGAAAUUACAGACUUCACGUGAACAUGGUUCCUAAUUGGCUAUAAAAAAUAAGUUUCUAUCCUCACCAUUAUAUUCUAUAUUCCAUUCCAUGUUUCUAUUCCUCUGUACAUUGAGUGGUUCCCAUUGUUAAAACUGUCAGUAUGAGGUGACAGUAUGUGGUGACGUCAUGAUGAUUUUGAUAAUAGAGUCGUGGCCGAGUGGUUAAGGCGACGGACUAGAAAUCCAUUUGGGUCGAAUCCUGCCGACAACAAAAUACUUAUUGUAGAAGUGAAUAUCUUACUGCAUAUUCAAUACAACAUUUUACUAUACUAUGUUACAGCUCACCAGAGCAAACAGGUUACAUCUCACAAUAACCAUCUUGAUAGGGUAUGAAGAUAGUGCCUUUGGAGAAUAGAUAGAUUUUUCACUGCGUUAUCCUGAGGGAAAAGAAUCGGGACAGGUCAGACCACAAUACUAAUAGUAUAGAAUAAAUCAGGACUUGUUUAAGGCAUUUGAUUUGCAUUGUUCAAGCAAACUGAAUAAAACGAACUUAGUCUCGGACCUAGUUAGAUAAAUAAGAUUAAUAAAAAAAAAUAAGUAUUUGGUGAGACAUUUAAACAAGAUAGAAUAUGAAAUGAUAUUAAUAAUGAUAAAUAGUGUAUGCAGAUCUAAAAUGGGAAGAGA